AUGUUCACCGACUUGAUCACUCGGCUGAAGUUGGUAGACUCAGAAGAUGAAGCCGCAGUGAUAACAAUAAUGUUGGCCAAGGAUGUUAGCGAUUCGAAGAAGCUGUCGGAGACUGCGGUGAAUGUAUUCAACUUGGAGAACCUCUACUCAAGGGAUACAUGGCGGGAGCUGAUAAGAGAACGUGACCAAUCUGCAAAGUGA